GAAUCAAACAAAAUCAAACUCGUGGUUUUGAUUUUACCUUCCCUGUUUUUGACACGCCAUUCAGUUUUUCAAAGCUUCAGUUCUUGCUCUGUGUUUCGUGCACUAUAAAAACAGAGCUCAAGAACCCAAUUCGAUUCAUAAUUCCAUCUUGUUCCCUAAUAACCUUCAAGAAAAAAUCUACCCUGUUUCGAUUUUGAUCGAUUAAGCUUCUGGGUUUUGAUUCAUGGGGUUAUCCCUGUCACUCCUCAUGUCAUCCUGGAAAGGAAUUAUAGAUCAGGGGCUGGUAAUCCUCUGCAAAGCUCAGAGUUUCUCUUAUGGAGAAAGAUCCUUGGCUUUGAAAUCUAACAGCUUUAAAAUUACGGAUCAAGAACCCAUCACAAACAGAGCAACGAGAAGCAAGCCCAACAGUCUGAAAGGGAAUAAACCAGAGAGAGUGAUUCUUGAAACGAAUCUUUCCUUUAAAUCGCUGGUUGAGGACGGGGGAUUCACUUUCUCUGUUUCCUCCGGGAAAAAUGGCGGAUUGCAGGGGGUAAAGGCGGCGACGACUCCCGUAGUUCCUCUGCCGGAGCCGGCGAUUAUGUACUCUCCCAGACCGGUGAGCGAGCUGGAUGCGGCAGCAGUGAAGCUGCAGAAGGUUUACAAAAGUUACAGAACAAGAAGAAACCUUGCGGAUUGUGCGGUGGUUGUGGAAGAAUUAUGGUGGAAGGCGAUUGAUUUUGCCAAUUUGGAACGAAGCUCUGUUUCGUUUUAUAACAUUGAGAAGCCGGAAACCGCCGUCUCGCGGUGGGCUAGAGCCAGAACCAGAGCAGCCAAGGUAGGGAAGGGUUUGAGCAAGGACGAAAAGGCUCAAAAACUUGCUCUUCAGCACUGGCUUGAAGCUAUUGAUACCCGUCAUCGCUAUGGCCACAAUCUACACUUAUACUACGACGUAUGGUUCGUGAGCGAGAGCAAUCAGCCCUUCUUUUAUUGGCUGGAUAUCGGAGACGGCAAGGAAUUAAGCGUCGAGAAGUGCCCAAGAACGACUCUGCAAAAGCAAUGCAUCAAAUAUUUAGGCCCAAAAGAAAGAGAAGCCUAUGAAGUAGUGGUGGAAAAUGGGAGACUGGUUUACAAGCAGAGUGGAUCCAUAGUGGAAACUCAAGAAGGUUCGAAGUGGAUAUUUGUUUUGAGCACUACAAGAUCUCUAUACGUUGGCCAAAAGAAGAAAGGGUUAUUUCAGCAUUCUAGUUUCCUCUCCGGCGCCGCCACCACCGCCGCCGGAAGAUUAGUGGCACACGACGGCGUCAUUCAGGCGAUUUGGCCGUACAGUGGUCAUUAUCAUCCCACAGAAGCUAAUUUCCAAGAAUUCCUCAGUUUCCUUAAAGAAAACGACGUGAAUCUUACCGACGUUAAGAUGUGUGCGAUUGACGAUGACAGUCAAUACAAGGCCAUCGAUGAACAACAGAAGCCGCAAUCACGCGAGGGUUCCUUCAAAUCUACGCCAUUGGAUGAAGCCAAAACAUCACUUGCCGUUGAUUCAGUAGAGAUGGAAGCCGUCGUGCCGCCGGUGGCGGAAAAGACGGAUGAAGCGACGGCGGUGGCGGCGAAAUCACUCAAUCUGUCGAAACGGUUGUCGUGUAAAUGGUCGACAGGAGCUGGCCCUAGGAUUGGGUGCGUCCGGGACUACCCAGCCGAGCUACAAACGAGAGCACUGGAACAUGUGAACUUGUCGCCUCGAGUGGGCUCUGGGCCGUUGGUUAAUUAUGGGCCCAUUCCAUCUCCACGUCCAAGCCCAAAAAUUAGGCUCUCACCAAGGCUGACUUUUAUGGGCCACCCAAGCCCAAGAACUCCAAUCUCUGCAGCAAGUUAAGCCCAAAAUUGGGGUUGGUUAUAGUUUUGCUAGCUCGGCCCAACAAUAGGUGGGAGUGGUCAACCCAAUUUUUUGAUUCCUUGGUUUUUCUUUUUUACUUAAUUUUUUUUAAUUUAUAUUCUUCAAUUUUUCUCGU